AUGUCGGAGAUCCUCUGCCAGUGGCUCAACCAGGACCUGAAGGUGUCCCGGACCGUGAGUCCCAAGUCAUUUGCAAAGGCAUUUUCCAGUGGCUAUCUAAUUGGAGAAGUUCUGCACAAGUUUGAACUUCAGGAUGAUUUUUCAGAAUUUUCAGAAAGCAGGAUUUCAAGUGCCAGACUUAAUAAUUUUUCUCGCUUGGAGCCAACACUUCACUUUCUGGGUGUGCAGUUUGAUCAGAAUGUGGCCCACGGCAUCAUCACAGAAAAGCCUGGGGCAGCAACAAAACUUUUAUAUCAAUUGUACAUUGCUCUUCAGAAAAAGAAAAAAAGUGGACUGACUGGUGUGGAAAUACAAAGCAUGCAACCCCCAACAAAUUUAAGAUUUCAAAACAUGAAAAGUGAGGCUUUUCGAGAGAGACUUAGAAACCUGAUACCACGUCAAACUGAUUUCAAUCUGAUGCGGGUUACAUACAGGUUUCAAGAAAAAUAUAAACACAUGAAAGAAGAUCUUGCCCGUGUGCAUUUUGAGAAACUUGAAAGAAUGCAAAAACUCAAGGAAGAACAAAGAUGUUUUAAUAUCGAAAAGCAACGCUUAAGCAGAAGACGACAAAAUGAAAUAAUGGCCAAAAUCCAAGCAGCUAUCAUACAGAUUCCUAAACCUGCAGGAAAUCGUACUUUGAAAGCACUUGAGGCCCAGAAAAUGAUGAAGAAGAAAAAAGAGGCAGAGGAUGUGGCCAAUGAAAUUAAGAAGUUUGAAGCAUUAAUAAAAAAGGAUCUUCAGGCAAAAGAAAGUGCAUCCAAGACUUCUUUAGAUACAGCAGGCCAGACAACUACUGAUUUGUUAAACACUUACUCGGAUGAUGACUACAUUAAAAAAAUCCAGAAGCGCCUAGAAGAAGAUGCUUUUGCAAGAGAACAAAGGGAGAAAAGACGGCGGAGAUUGUUAAUGGACCAGUUAAUAGCCCACGAAGCACAAGAGGAGGCUUAUCGGGAGGAGCAGCUGAUUAACCGACUGAUGCGGCAGUCCCAGCAGGAGCGCAGAAUUGCUGUGCAGCUCAUGCAUGUCAGGCAUGAAAAGGAGGUCUUAUGGCAAAACAGAAUUUUCAGGGAAAAACAAUAUGAGGAAAGACGACUUAAAGAUUUCCAGGAUGCUCUUGAUCGAGAAGCGGCUUUGGCGAAACAAGCCAAGAUAGAUUUUGAAGAACAAAUCUUUAGAGAGAAGCAAGUCCAUGAACAGAUUGCUAUAGAAAGAGCUCAAGCUCGUUACAAAAAGCAUUAUUCAAUAUGUGCAGAAAUUUUGGAUCAAAUAAUUGAUUUGUCCACUAAAGUGGCAGAUUAUCGAAUGUUGACAAAUAAUCUGAUUCCACAAAAGUUGAUGCAUGAUUGGAAAGAACUUUUUUUUCAUGGAAAGCCCAUAUAUGAACAAGCCUCUAUUAAGCUGCUAUCUGCUAAGCCCUCCACAGAACAACUUAUAGAACUGGAGAAAAGGAACUUGCUUGAUGACAAUGAUUAUGAAGAAUAUAAGAACAUGGUUGGAGAGUGGGCAUUACCAGAAGAAAUGGCUGAUAAUCCACCCCCCUCUAACAAUUGCAUAUUGGGCCAUGCGCUUCACAGACUAGUUGAAAAAUCUCUUCCUCCUCAAGUUGAAUCAACAGUACCUGAGUUAACUUCAUUUUCUGUUAAAGGAUGCUUAUUGGGGAAAACACUAAGUGGAAAAACUACCACUCUAGAAUCUCUACAAAAAGUCUUUCCAAUUCAGGUACUUUCUAUUGAGACUCUUGUGCAAGAAGCUAUUCAAGCAUUUCAUGACAAUGAAAAAGUCAAUGAGGCCCUACCAACUCAGAAAGAAGAGGCUCCAACAGUUCUACAAGAGAGUAGUAAAGAAAGCCAGGAUCUGCAAAAUGUAUUUCCAGCUGAUCCAGUUACAGGUAAAGUAUUACUCAAAACAGAAGGUGCAGCUAUGCUUAGUACUAAUAUGAAUAGCACACCAAAUGACAAAGAAGUCAAAUCAAGUGAUAAUUUCUCCAAAUUCACUGUGCGUGCUCAGCUUGGUGCAAAAUCAGAACAGUUGCUCAAGAAAGGAAAGAGCAUUCCUGACACGUUGCUAGUUAACAUCAUGGUAAAUGCAAUUAACGAGAUACCUGUGAAUCAAGGCUGGGUCCUCGAUGGUUUUCCAAUGACGUUAAACCAAGCACAGCUUCUGGAGGAAGCUCUCACAGGCUACAACAGAAACCUCAUAGAAACAGAGGGAAGGAAAACACAAAUACCCACACUAGCUGUUGAUCCUACGAUUUCCAAAGAAGUACCUCUUCCCUCUUCUGCAUUUGAUUUUGUCAUAUUAUUAGAUAUUUCAGAUGCUUGCUCACUGAGUCGCAUGAAUGACAUCAUAGCUGAAGAAUUUUCACAUGAAAUGGCUCAUGAAGGUAUCAGUCAACGUGUAGCUGCUGAAAAUCGAGAUAAAGAUGGGGACCAGAAUUUAAGAGACCAGAUACAACAUAGAAUUAUAGGCUUCUUGGACAAUUGGCCUUCAUUGGAGCAAUGGUUUUCAGAGCCAGAAAAUAUUUUGAUAAAAAUCAAUGCUGAAAUAAAUGAACAGUCUUUGUGGCAGAAAGUAAAAGAAAUUUUGGCAACUGAAAUAGUUAAAAAAAAGAGUAAAGUUCAAAAGAAAUUAGAAGAAAAAGAAGCUGAGAAAAAAGCAGCAGCUUCCCUGGCUGAGCCGCUGCUGCCGCCUCCUCCUGAACCAGAGAAGGAGAAGGGAAUUCAUCCUCAGCAUGAGACUUCAAAAACUCCUCCUGCAAAAGGAAAACUGCAAUCAGAAACCUCACAUGGUAAGCAAGAAUCUCUUCAGGAAGGAAAAAUGAAGAGAAGUGAAACUGCACUCAAAAGAAAAGGUUCUCCUAAAGGAAAAACGCCAGGAGGAAAAGUGCCAGUUAAGAAAUCAACUGCUGGCUCUACAGAUACAUCACCUUCUCCAGUGGUGCCACCGCCACCUAAGCCAGGAUCACAAGAAUGGGUCUAUGUGAAUGAACCAAUUCCUGAGGAAAUACCUUCAUUUUUAGUACCUUACUGGGAACUCGUAGAAAAUUCCUACAUAAACACCAUCAAAACAGUGCUCAGGAAUCUGAGAGAAGAUCAGCAUAGUGUGGUUGCUUACUUAUAUGACAUUAGAACAAGUUUCCAGGAGUUUCUGCGGCGACCAGAUCACAAGCAAGAUUUCGUAGCUCAAUGGCAGGCUGAUUUCAACUCUCUUCCUGGUGACCUGUGGGACGAUGAGGAAACAAAGGCUGAACUGCACCAAAGAGUGAAUGAUUUGCGAGACCGCCUGUGGGACAUUUGUGACGCCAGGAAGGAAGAGGCGGAGCAGGAGCGGCUAGGUAUCAUUAAUGACAGCUGGUUACAGGACUCUCUUGGAAUAACAAUGAACCACUUCUUCUCACUAAUGCAGGCAGAACUGAACCGUUUCCAAGAUACAAAGAGACUCCUUCAAGAUUAUUACAGGGCAAUGGAACGCAAAAUCCCAAUAGAAGACAAUAAGAGACUUACUCGAAUCCCGUUGGUUCAACUGGAUAGUACAGACCUUUCAGAAAACCAGCUUAGGAUUCCUCUAGUUCCUCGAAGAUCUAUUUCUCCAGAAACAGUUACGCUCAAACCAAAAACAGGAGCAACACUAAAGGGCAAGAUCGAUUCCUCACUAGAAAACAUAGAGUCAAACUUUGAGGCAGAUGAGAAGCUGGUAAUGGAAACCUGGCAGCAAGCUUCUUUAGCAAUAUCUCAGAUGGUGGCAGCUGAAAUUCACCAGAGAGUCAUGGAAGAAGAAAAAGAAAACCAGCCAGCAGACCUCAAAGAAAAAUCUCCUCAGAUGGCUGCAAAUAAAAAGGUACCCCCACCACCACCGAAGAAAAAAAAGGAAGGCAACAAAACAAAAGGUAGAUCACCACCUCUAGCAGAAGCCGCUUCUGUAAUAGUAACAGACGAGGAAAUCGCCGAAAUCGAAAGGAAAAACGAACUGAGGCUCAAAAUAAAGGAGGAACAUCUUGCUGCCCUGCAGUUUGAAGAGAUAGCCACACAGUUUCGACUUGAACUGAUAAAGACAAAAACAUUGGCUGUCCUCGAAGAUUUAGUAACAAAGGUGGUCAAUGUAUACAAACUUAUGGAAAAAUGGCUUGGUGAGAAGUAUUUGAAUGAAAUGGCCAGUGUAGAAAAAUUAACUGAGGUAGCUCGCUAUCAUAUUGAAACAUCCUCAAAAAUUCAGAAUGAACUUUAUUUAAGCCAAGAAGACUUCUUCAUUAAUGGCGAUAUAAAAGUCUUCCCAGAUUCUCCCCCACCAAUACGUCCUCCACCUGUAGAAAAGGAAGAAAAUGGCACCCUGACCAUUGAACAGCUUGACAGUCUUCGAGAUCAGUUCUUAGAUAUGGCACCUAAAGGCAUAAUAGGAAGUAAAGCAUUUACUGACAUUCUGCUCGACUUGGUGACCCUGAAUCUUGGAACAAACCAUCUUCCUAGUAGUUGGAUGCACCUCACCCAACCUGAAUUGCAGGAGUUAACAUCUUUAUUAAUAAUAAACUCAGAUUUCGUGGACUGGCGGAAGUUCCUGUUAGUGACCUCGAUGCCUUGGCCCAUCCCCCUGGAGGAGGAGCUCCUUGAGACCCUGCAGAGGUUCAAGGCCAUGGAUGAGGAACAGACCGGCACCGUCACUUUCAAGCAGUAUAUGCAGGCUGGUCUGUGGUUUACAGGAGAUGAAGAUACAAAAAUUGCAGAAAAUCCUCUUGAACCCCUGCCAUUUAACAGGCAGGAGCAUCUUAUAGAGUUUUUCUUUAGGCUAUUUGCUGACUAUGAAAAGGAUCCAGCCCAGCUUGACUACACACAAAUGCUGCUUUAUUUUGCUUGCCACCCAGACAGUGUGGAAGGGGUCUACAGGGCCCUCAGCGUGGCUGUUGGGACUCACAUCUUCCGAGAAGUCGAAACUCCUAUUCUGGUUGCAGAAAAGACCUUCUUCUCCACUGAUAUGAGUCCCAUUGAGGAGUAUCCUGAGGAAAAUGUUGCAAGAGAGGAAAGGGAGGAAAGGGAUCGAAAGGCAGAAGAAACCCCUGAAAAUGUGAACACUGGAAAGAUUUCCAUGGAAACGCUACUGAAAGUAUUCCGAGGAGGAAGCGAAGCACAGGACUCUAAUAGAUUUGCCUGCCACCUGAAGAUGGAGAACAUUUAUGGAGAGAGCUUCAUAAAAACAUUCCAGGACCUAGGUGCCAAGAACCUGGAGCCAAUUGAAGUUGCUGUUCUCUUAAAGCAUCCUUUCAUUCAAGAUCUGAUUUCAAAUUAUUCAGACUACAAAAUUCCUGACAUUAAAAUGAUUCUCCAAAGGAGUGAGCAUGUACAAGGAAGCGAUGGAGAGAGAUCGUCUUCAAGACUUACAGAGGAAAAGAAAUGA